AUGAAUCCCCAGCAGUUCCAAAACAUGGCCGGCAUGGGGCGCGGCAUGCCCAACAACAUGCAACAGAUGACCAUGAAUCCACAAAUGGGAGGUGUCAUGGGAGGUCAGAUGGGUGCUCAGAUGGGCGCUCAAAUGGGGAACCAGAUGGGAAAUCAGAUAUCCAACAUGGCCGCUCAAAUCCCCGGCAUGCCCAGUCAGAUGAAUCCUCAGAUGGCAGGCCAAAUGAGAGGCAUGCCGCAACAGGUGGCCGGGCAGAUGAGUUUGAGCCACCCUUCGGUUCAACAACACAUCUUCGAUCAACUCAACUCACAGGGUCCUUGGGCUGGCUGGCAGGCCAAUGUCCACAUAAGAGAAAGGGCAGGUCAGAUCAAGUUACUGGUCGAUUCUCUACGCCUCGUCAGACCUCCUGUCGACCUUCCCCGCGCAAUCGAGGUCGCCCUUCAGUUCGAACGCAAAUGUUUCAGUCAAAGCGCCAGUAGAGAUGAUUAUGUGAGAGAGUGCAGCGAGAAGCUGGGUCGUAUUCGUGAUCAAAGAGCUCAGCAGAUGAACCAGGGCAACGCCGGCCUCAUGCAGACCAUGGGAAUGCAAGGUAACAUGCAAAUGCCCAAUCAGACUUUUCAGCAGAUGCAACAACAGAUGGGCCAGACUAUGAACCCUAACUUGGCUCUACCGGCUCAUCUUCAACAGCAGAUGCAAGGCUCCCCUUUUCUGAAUCAACAGCAGCAGCAGCAGCGGCAGCAGCAGCCGCCGCAGCCGCAGCCUCAGCCUCAACAACCUCAACAACAGCGUACUCCUCAGCCCAUGAUGACCCAACCUCAAAACGUCGCGGGUCAGGCUGCAAUGAUGCAAGGAAAUAACAAUCAACAAAAGGGAAAUGCAGUGUCCGAACUCACUCCGGAAGACAACAAAGCCAUCAACCUCAGAGCCGCCGAGUUGGCCAAAAACACCCCAAAGGAAGAGAUGCGCAGUAUUGUCGAGAAGAUGAACCCCCAAUUGCGACAAAACCUUGCCCAAAAGGCCGUCGACCCCAUCAUCUAUUAUUUCCGCAUGUUGGCCACCAAGGAAUUCCGUCGACGAAAACAGAUGGAAGGUGGCAUUGGAGGCGCCGGACAACAACCCACUGGUACAAAUGCUAUGAAUCAGCAAGCCAUGGGUGCGACAGGCAACGCUAUGGGCGACAUGGGUCGUUUCCAAGGUCUUCAAGCCGAAGGGUUGCGAUCCCAAGAGGUCGGCGAGCUGGUUGUUCCUGCAAGCACUACCCAGGGCAUGAUGCCUGAUCAGAUGCGCCUUCAACAACAGAUGCUCGCCAAUCAACGCAUGAAUCAGCAAAAUUCCAACACCCUAAAUCCAGCCUUUAUUGCUCAACAGCAACGUUUACAACAGGCCCAGGCCGCCAAGAUGCAACAGGCUCAAUUGGCGGCUCAAAAUCAACAAGCUGCUCAAGCCCAGGCUAGAGCUCAGUCACAGGCUGCUAUGGCUACACAGCGUGCUCAGUUGCAAGGUGUUUCUGGCAACAACACCCCCCUUGCGUCCAUCAAUCGUCCUGUGGGACCCAAUGUUUCUGGUACGAGUCCUCAGCCAGGAACGCAAGCUGGGCAAAGGCCUCCAUCCGGCACUCCAAUGAUGAAUCAACAACAAAUGAAUAUGCCUGGCAACAUGCAGCAAGCACAACAGCAACAGAUGAAUAUGCAAGAUGUUCAGAAACGCGAAGCAGCUCUGGCAAAUUUCCCUGCCCCAUUACAGCAGUUGCUAAGACAGAAGCCACAAUCUGAAUGGCGGAAUAUUCUUCAACAAUUCCAGAGGGACAAUAACGGGGCACAGAUGAGACGAAGCGUGUCGCAACAGCCACAAGGUUUACAGCAACAGCAACCACAACAGCAACCGCAACCUCUGGCUCAAAUGCAAAAUGGUGCUUUCAUGGGUGGCGCCAAUAUAAGUGCCGUCAACAUGCAGCAAUCUCUAUCUGCCGGAGCGUCUUCUGUGCCUCCGGGACAGGAUAUAAAUAAUAUGACAGGUAACCAAAAUCAAAUGCAGCAAAACCAAGAAAUGAUGCGCCAAAGACAAAUGCAGCUACACUUGCACCAGCAGCAACAGCAACAGCAACAGCAACAACAGCAACAGGGCGGUCAAAACGUUCCUGGUCAGGCUCCUACUCCUCGGCCUCAGCUCACCCCUCAACAAAUGAAGAUCAUGGACCAGCAGGCAGUGCCGCAGACCGUUCUGAAUAGUGUUCGUCAACAUACCAGACUACCGGAUGUUAGGAACUGGUUUAUGCUCAAACAGUGGCUCUUGCAAAACCCAGUCCCGAGUCUUCCUGUACCUCAAUUACUCAAUGUCCAAGCCAAUCAUUUUGCUCAUCUUAUGAAGACUAGAGGUCAAAAUAUGCUUCAGCAGAACAAUGCUAUCCAGGGGCAAGUUCCAGGACCGCAAGCGCAACCCCAACAGCCUCAGCAGGUCCCGCAGAUUCCUCAAGUUCCACAGGUUCCGACACCAGGAAUUUCCCAACAGCAAGCACCAGUGAUGCCCCCUGCGCCUGCCCAGUUUCGUCCUCCAACGCAGCAAGACAUUCAGAAAGUUCGAGCUGCAAACCCGAAACUUGCAAACGUGCCUGACGAACAAAUCAGACUCUUGCUGAUAACUCGACAGCGACACCUGCAGCAGCAGCAACAACAACAACAAAUGCAGCAGGCAAAUGGAGUUCAAGCCAUGGGUCAGCAAAUGCCUGGAAUGCAGCCACAAGCUGUUCCACAAGUUCCUCAACAGCAACCUCAAAUGCAACCGGGACAACAAGUAGGGGCCCCAUCUGCACAAGUUGCUCGUCCGAAUCAAACCCCAACGCAGCCUGAUAACAAGGUUAAACGACCGAAUGAAGAUGACAUUGUUGAAGUUCCAGCCCCUAUGGCAAACAAGACACUCUCCCAGACAGACGCGAACAAAGGUCCACCCUCAUUGACUAAGGAACAAUUUGCGGCUUUGGACCCCCAGAAAAAACAGCAGUACAUGCAGUGGCAGCGUCAGCAGCAGCUUAUGAAGAAAAUUUUCGAACUCACUCGUGAUGUUCAAUCUACAAUGCCAAAGGCAAAACCAUUCACGAAUAUGGAUGCCUCAAAUAGACAACGAAUUAGGACGCUUCUGACCUCAGACAAUGUUAAGAACAUGCUUGGUCGAUAUGAGUCUUUCUUGGCUGCUUUUUACCGGAUGGAGCAGAACGAGGCGACUAUUAAACAACUUAUACUACAAAAGCUACAGUUGUUCGCACAGUUCAAGCCCCAAGCUCUUCAAAAUAAGACAUUUGAUUUGGUCGAUCACUUCAGUUUGACUGCUGAAAGCGUCGAGGCAAUUAUCAACAACAUUACUGCAAAGUUUCAACAGACCGCAGCUCAAUUCCCACCGCAGAACAAACCGAGGAUGCCCACAGCGAGUCAGUUGACUCCCGAAAAUCUUAGUUUGUUGGAAGCUCAGGAGCAAGAACGUAAAAAGUCUUUGAAAAACAAUCAAGGGCCUCCUCCUGCGCCGACUUCGAGUCAGCCUCCGUUCCAGAUUGGAGAUAAAGGGCGUGGCACACCCACAUAUGCGACUCCUGGACUUAGACAAGAAGAUCUCAAGUUGGAUCCGAAACGCCGCAAGAAGAACAAUCAAAACACUCCUGCGACUCCUGUUGGUCAGUCUGCACCAAGUACUACUGCGACGUCACCUGUGGUUACCAAGGCGCCCAAGCCGGUUGAAAUGUUCAAAUGUCCUGUUCUUGGAUGUGAACACCAACUCAAGGGCUUUUCCUCUCAAGCCGAACUUGAUCAACACCAUAAUGUUGCCCACAAGCUCGAUCUGGAGCCAGUCACAGAUCCUCUUGCUUUCCUUGAUGAAUCUUUGCGCUUUGCUUUCAAUCUGGAUGAAAACAUGAAGCAACAGAAGAAGCCCAACACGGAGGUGAAGACGGCGGCAGGCACAAACAUUAAGGGUGAAACUGCUGCCACGCCUGUUCCCAUGUCUAAGAUUCCGAGUCAAGGAGCGGCGGGUUCAAAAUCUGGCGAGGUUAAAACAGAUGAUAUGGAUGAUCCGUGGAGCCACACCAACACUACUCUCGAUCAACUUCGCGUUGCUUUUGGAGGGAACGACUGGGACGAUUUGUUUCCCUCAAAACAGAAGCAAGAAGAAAUGCACAACAAAAUGUUGUCUUCCUAUCGUAAGACCAGUCCAAGGUGGCGAAAAAUUAUGGAAGGUCCUGAUGGUGCCUUGACUGAUACAUCUACCGAAAAGUCCAAAAGCCCAACAGAUCUCAGCGACAAAGACUUGCCUGUGGACAAAACUACCGCACCCAAAAAGACAGAAUAUGAUUCCUGGCAGGUCAAUCUCGAGGAGAUUGGAGGUCUUGACCUGGGAGAACUCGAUAUGUCACCAUUCGAGAACAUCACUGGUGUUCCUGAUAAUGAUAUCACCAUGGGCGACGAUGGAUCGCCAUUCGAGACGAUUGAGAAACCACAGUACACUGCUCUCGAGUAUAGCGCUCAAGCAAUGGGCCUCGAUCUAGAUCAUCCAGAGGACUGGACUGAGGAUCAGCAGGAGUAUGGAGAUUUCCUGUUCAACAACAAUUGA